CCUAUAAAUAACCGCUCUCAUCUUUCAUAGUUCCUUCCUUCUCGCCUCUCCAUCUUCCAUCCUCUUACGCUCUUCCUUUUUUUUUCGAAGCGUUCCGCUAGGCUCUGCGACUCCAAUUCCAUCCUAUUCUUAGAGAGAGAAACACCGGCCUAGCGCUCAUAAUCUUCACUUCACCCUCUUCAACAGAAUUAUAUUGCUGGUCUGCUUGCAAUGGCCGCCACGGCAACUGCCCCUUCAAUGGGUCCACGAUAUGCACCACCAGAUCCGACACUGCCUAAACCGUGGAGGGGUCUUGUGGAUGGCAAGACUGGAUAUCUUUACUUUUGGAAUCCUGAGACCAAUGUCACGCAAUAUGAGAGACCCUCGAGCUCAGCUGGCCCACCAAAGUCUUCUUCAGUGCCUAGCUCUUCUGUCCAGGUUCAACAAUCAUCUCAAGGGCUGCAGCGUGGUCGCAGUCCUGAUUUAAGUGAUAGGUAUGAUAGAAAUGGCAGUGCUGGGUCAAAUGAAGCUGGAUCACGGAACCAUCAGAGUUCCAAAGGUGGAAGUUAUAGUUCUCAUAAUGUUCCAAAUGGAACACAUGUUGCUGGCAAUGCUAAUUCUUCUGUCAGAGGUCAUGGGGCAUUGGAUGCUGGAGCUGGAUUAUCUCCAGAGUCUUAUAGACGUAGGCAUGAAAUUACUGUUACUGGAGACAAUGUGCCUCCACCUCUUACAUCAUUUGGGUUUACUGGCUUUCCAUCUGAGAUUCUGAAAGAGGUACAAAAUGCUGGCUUCUCAGCCCCAACUCCAAUUCAGGCACAGUCAUGGCCGAUUGCUCUUCAAAGUAGAGAUAUAGUUGCCAUUGCUAAAACAGGUUCAGGGAAAACCUUGGGGUAUUUGAUUCCGGCAUUUAUCCACCUGAAGCGCUGUGGUAAUAACUCCAGAAUGGGCCCCACUGCAUUGGUGCUUUCACCAACAAGGGAGUUGGCAACACAGAUACAAGAUGAAGCUGUGAAGUUUGGGAAAUCAUCAAGAAUUUCUUGUGCAUGUUUAUAUGGAGGAGCACCAAAGGGUCCUCAACUGAGAGACAUUGACCGUGGAGCAGAUAUUGUGGUAGCCACUCCUGGACGCUUGAAUGAUAUUCUUGAGAUGAGGAGAAUUAGUCUUCAUCAGGUUUCUUACCUUGUGCUAGAUGAGGCAGACAGGAUGCUGGAUAUGGGCUUUGAACCUCAAAUUAGGAAAAUUGUGAAUGAGGUGCCUGCUCGCAGGCAAACUCUCAUGUUUACUGCAACAUGGCCAAAGGAAGUUAGGAAAAUUGCAGCUGAUCUGCUGGUCAAGCCUGUCCAGGUCAACAUUGGCAAUGUAGAUGAGCUUGUUGCCAACAAAUCCAUUACUCAGCAUGUUGAAGUAUUGUCACCAAUGGAGAAACAGAGACGGCUGGAACAUAUAUUGCGGUCACAGGAUCAAGGAUCAAAGAUAAUUAUUUUUUGUUCUACCAAGAAAAUGUGUGAUCAACUUGCUCGUAACCUGACACGUCAGUUUGGAGCUGCUGCUAUUCAUGGGGAUAAAUCCCAGGCUGAGAGGGAUCACGUGUUGAAUCAGUUUCGAACUGGGAGGUCUCCUGUGCUUGUAGCCACAGAUGUUGCUGCUCGAGGACUGGACAUCAAAGACAUAAGGGUGGUUGUCAAUUAUGACUUCCCUACAGGAGUGGAAGAUUAUGUACAUAGGAUUGGAAGGACUGGGAGAGCUGGAGCAACUGGUGUAGCGUACACUUUCUUUGGGGAUCAGGAUGCUAAAUAUGCUUCAGAUCUCAUCAAGGUUUUGGAAGGUGCAAACCAGCGGGUCCCUUCAGAACUUCGAGAUAUGUCAUUGCGGGGUGGUGGGAUGGGCAGAUCCAGACGAUGGGGUUCUGGUGGUCGUGGGGGGCGUGGUGAUUCUGGAUAUGGUGCUAGGAAUAUCGACUCAGGAUAUGCUGGAAGGGGUAAUGAUGCAGGAUAUGGUGGAAGAAGCAGUGAUUCAAACUAUGGAGGACGGGGAGAGUGGGGGACUGCUGCUUCUGGCAGAGGUGGCGGCCGUGGAUCUGACUAUGACUCUCAGAGGAACGAUCGAGGUAGGAGCCCGGACAAGGGAUCUAGUUGGAGUGAUCGCUACAAAAGCAUCAACCGUGAUCGCAGUCGUAGUCCUGACAGGGUAGCACUGCCUCAACAUUCCCAUGGCAGCUUUCACAAAGCAAUGAUGGAGCGUGGUGGAUGGGAUGGUGAUCGUAACAAGAGCAGUAAUCAGGAUAGAAGCCGCAGUCCUAGCCCUUACAGACAGGAGAGGGCCCCAGCUGGUCGUGAGCGAUCCCCAGUUUAUAGUUUCCAUCGAUCAAUGAUGGGACAAGGUCAAUCCUCCCCUUCAUCUCAUCGGCAUCGUCCACCCCAUUAUGGUGAUGAGAGUGGUAAAGAGGAAAGAAAUUCUAGAUAUACACGCAGUCCUCAUCGAAACUCACCCUCCUCCCUGGGUGGUGGUAGGACUAAUAAUAGUCCUUCAAAAGAGUGGGGAGGAUCAGUGGGUGAUGGAAGAUAUGGUGGAUCUCAUUCAUCUUAUAAUGGAGAAGAGGAGGAAGGGAUGAUUCCUGAUGAAGAAGGAAUGAUCGGUCACGAUGAUGCCAUAUAACAAAGUGUGGAUUAGGAAUUCUUAAGCUAUUCCUUCUGACCAUUUCUUGCAAGGUUUACACAUUUUAUGGUAAUUUUGGUCUACUUACGUCGGUGGAAGAGCAAUGUUGCUUGAACACGGGCAAGUUAGGAUCUGGUAGUGGAAUUCAUGGCAAAUGUAUAUUUUUGAGGGGCUGCGUAGAAGCCUGGAUAUGGCAUAGAUGAAAACCUAGUAACGAAUAUUGUGGUUUUUUGUUAUUUUGGUAGAACUCGAGGUGACGGAGCCGGGUUCUUUCUUCCCACACAAUCAGAACAGAAAUUAUUUAGCUACUAUAAAAUGUUGUAUUACUCCAGUUUACCUAUUAUUUUUUUGGUGAAAGAAAUCUCUCGAUUAACAUC